AUGCGCGGCGCGGGCGACGAGCUCCUGCGGCUCUUCGGCGAGGUCAAGCGCGACAACAACAAGCUCGCGCACGGUGCGUCCAAGCCCGUGUCCUCCGACGUCGCCCGGGCCCUGGCCCUCGCGAUCGCCGCGGCGUAUUCGCCCGCGGACCUGCUCCGCCACCUGCCCGCGGACGUGCUCCUCGAGGCCGUGCGCCUCCAGCGGAGCCUCGUGGGCGACCCCGCCGAGGCCGCCGCGCCGCCCGAGCCCGCCGCGCCGCCGCCCGAGCCCGCCGCGCCGCCGCCCGAGCCCGCCGCGCCGCCCGAGCCCGCCGCGCCGAAGCGGCGGGGCCGGCCGCCCAAGGUGCUCAAGGUCCGGCUGCCGACGCCGCCGACGCCGGCCGCGGUCCGCGCGCGCGGCGAGGCGGCGGCCCGCCGCGCCGCCGCCGAGGAGGCCGCCGAGGCGCCGGCGGCGGUCGCCGUCGCCCACGGCCACGGCACGCGGCGCGCGGCGCGCGCGGAGGCGGCGACGGCGGAGCCCGCGGCGGCGCCCGAGGCCUGGUGGCCGCUCCUGCGGAGCCUGCGCGACGUCGCGGCGCGGUCGCCGCAGCACGACUCCUGGGAGGAGCCCGAGUUCAUCGUCCAGCGGCGCAACGCGGAGCACUGCCGGCUCCUGAAGUCGGUGUCGCUGUCGCGCGACGUCUGCCACGGCCACGGCCUCGUCGCCGUCAAAGACCUCGAGCCCGGCGACCGCUUCUUCGACGUCACGGCGCUCUACGUCGACGGCGCCGCAAAGAAGCCCGGCGAGGGCGACUGCGCGGCCUGCGCGACGGGCGCGCACCGGCGCCACACGUGCGGCCAGGGCCGGUCCGCGGGCGGCGGGAGCUACCUGCCCAUCGACAACAGCGUCUACUACGAGCUCAAGGCGGGCCCGACGCACGCCCUGACCUACUUCUUCAACGAGGACCGCCGCGGCGACGACUGCGACGCCAAGGUGCGGCUCCAGCACACGUACGUGCCGCGGCUCGGCGGCUGGGUCCUCGAGUGGCGCGUCCUGGAGCGCCUCCGGGCCGGCGACGAGCUGCUCGUGGACUACCCGGAGACGGACGACGGCGUCAAGCACGCGACCUGGCCCGCGAAGCCGCCCGUCGCGGAGAAGCGCGCGGCGCCGCCGGCGCCGAAGGCGCCCCGGGCCGUCACGUCGCGCGGCCGCAAGGUCUUCGCGCCCGCGUCCAUCGAGGACAGCUCGAGCGACGACGACGACGGCGGCGGCGGCGAAACGGCCGCCGCCGCGCCCGCGGGCCACGAGGACGCGGCCGCGCUCCUCGCGCUCUUCGCCGCCGGCGCCGCGCCGGAGCCGCCGAGGAAGAAGAGCCGGUCCGGCGCGCGGCGGCCGGCCCCGCCGCGCGUCUACAAGUCGCGGGCGGAGCCGCCGCCGCCAAAUCCGUCCAACCCCUGGGGCCUGAAGCGGCCGCCGUCCGUGCCGCGCGUGCCGCUGAACGCGUCGUUCCCGCGGACGCUCAAGCUCAUCUGCGAGGACCCGAAGAACGCGGCUAUCGUCACCUGGUGCCCCAAGGCCCGCGAGAUCUCCGUCGUCGACAAGCCCACGUUCAUCACGGACGUGCUCCCCAGGUACUUCCGGUCCAACGUCGCGUCCGGCCGCGGCAAGCCCGGCGCCGUCGACGACGACACGGCGACGGCGCACUUCGACGGCGUCCACAGCCGCCAGUUCGACUCCUUCGUGCGCCAGCUCAACUACUACGGCUUCCGCAAGGCCCGGCGCUGCACGAACCGCUACGUCUGCAUGGACUACUCCAUCAAGAGCCCCGCGGAGUUCGACCGCCUGAGCCGCUACGUGCCCGCGCACACGGCGUCGCGCGCGCUCGCGCGCGCGCCCAUCCGCGACCGCCCCCAGCCGCCGCCGCCGGCCCUCCAGCCGUCGCUCAAGGGCGUGCACGCGGCGGACGCGCCGGCGCCGAAGCGGCCCCGGGGGCGGCCGCCGGGGUCCCGCAACAGGCCCCGGUCGGACGCGCCCGAGCCGCCGCGGAAGAGGGCGCGCGCGGCCUCGGGCCGCACGGGCGCCUACGCGUCCCCGGCGUCGCCGCCGGACGGCCGCCUCGCGGCGUCGAGCGCCGACUCCGACUCCGACUCCGACGAGUCCGCGCGCGCCGCGGACGAGAGCUCCGACUCGGACUUCGAGGCGCCGCGCGCGCCGCCGCCGCGGCCGCCCGUGCCGCAGGCCCUGGCGCCGCCGCCCCUCCCCGCCCCGCUCCCGCGCAUCGCCGAGUAA